GUAAGGGCGAGUGGCGCCAAGCCGAAUUGCACUGCAAAGCCGUUCUGCCGUUCUCGUUUCCUGCCAGCCCGUCGAUCGUGCGCGAUUUGGUCGAGGUGUGGCAGACUCGACUGCAGCUAUCUCACCCCCAGCACUGCGCAGAUACGACGCUAUUGCAUCCCGCGGCCUCACUGCUACUUCAGUCACGCGGCACCCUCGCCUAUCUCUCUGUCUUUGCGCCGCGCCUCGAAGCCCUACUUUUCUGCCUCGCUGCCUGGUACUCGUCCCCAGCCUCCUCCACACCACCCUCCUCCUUCGUAGUCGGUUUGUGGCAAUUACCGAUCCUGCACGAGCUGGGUGAAGAGGACAACCAGGCAACAUGACGAGGAGGAUUGUUUAUGGAGUUGGGCUAUGGAUUACCAUUGCGGCCACCGCGAUGACCAUAGCCAGCAUUGUGAUGCCUCGAUGGCUCAGCUACGGUUCUGAAGGAACCCGCGAGUUCUCCUACGGACUUCACCGUCGCUGUUCGAGUGUGACCGGCGUAUGCAAUCAUUUCCCACGAUUCGAAGACUGCACUGGCGACAAAUGGUCGUUCUGUAGCAUGUGGCGGACUGUCGGCUUUUUGAUGUCAUUCGCCGUCAUCCUCGAACUUGCAACUCUCACGUCCUAUGCGAUUAUAAUUCUAGGAGGAAAGCAGCGAAGGGACAGAGGCUGGAAGGUUGUAUGCGCGUUUCUGGUCAUUUCGGCACUGGUGCAGCUUGUUAGCAUGGCUCUUGUGUCCUUCCUCUUCGACCACGACGAACGAUUCUUCAACGGCUGGUACCUCGACAAGUCCUGGGUCCUUUGCACCGUCAGCUGGAGCAUGCUCAUCACAACCGCAGCCGGUGUGGCUGUGGCAGCGAUAUACCUGCCAGAAGAAGGAGGCUACGAGCUCAUCCCCAACGAGGGAUAUGGGAUCGGAUCUCCGUAAUACACGGGUAAUGGGGUGGGUGGCCAACCUUGAAUGUUAAGAGCAUGCAUAGACUUCCGAGUCGGCGUUGCGAUAUGCCUACUUUCUGCCUCAGUGUCUUAGGGCGGGAAGUUUUUGUCAUCGGCGUUAAAGCGAGUUAUGGAUUUGCAAGCAUUCUUGCCCCGUAG